GUACACUUCCACGACUAACACCAUGAAAAUGAUUAUCGAGGCGAAAGACAGGUUGGCUGAUUCUGGCAGCUGGGUUGUGGCUCUGAAUAUGUGCUUCGCGAUCACUAUUUACCUCAGAUAUUUUAGUGGUGAAUACACGUUCCACCGGCCGAUACGACUGUUGGAGGACAUAAACUACAUUCCACAACGGGUCAAUAUCGGUUUCAAUAAUAUCAACCCGCAGCACAUCAAAGAAGAUGGUUUGAAAAACAAGAGGCUUCUGCGUUGUCUUCCAGGAAUUCUGGCCUUCAAGGCCGAAUACCAGGGGAGGGAUGUCUUUUUGGAAUAUGCUUGCAGCGAGGACAAGGCGACGGCUCUCACCGUUGAAUCGACGAUAGGAUUGAACUUCCUCCCUCAGCACCCAUGCAUACAGGAGUACCUCAGCAUCGUAGCGAAUGGCUUGGUCUCAGAAUACCUUGAUAGAAAGAUGCUUUCCACACUGGAGAGUGUAUCGGAUUCAGGGAAAGGCUGAUGUUUUGAAACGCCCAAGGUACUUCACGAUCAGAGGAUGGUUCGUGGCGACUUGGGAUUGCAAACCAUCAUGGUUAACAGAGAUGUGGCCAAGUUAAUCGACUUUUCGUAUGCGUACAGCAAGAAAUGGGAUAUCAAUAGUAUAUACAAAGGCAGCUACAAUCAUCCCGCUCCUGCUAUC